GACCUCUUCAAAGCUAUGAGAUUAUUAAUUAUCGUACGUCCUCGUCAAGUACUCGAAGCGAUUUCACUGCGUAAAUCAUGGCAUCAAAGGAAUCGCAAUAUCUCCCACCAUUGGCAACCGGCCCGAGCCAAUAAAAACCCUGAGUUGUUGUUGAGAGGCACAAAUACUCAGUGGAAACCAGCGCACUGUGGUACCGGUUCUAAAUACUUGUUUAUUACUCAGUUCAUCGCUAAUUGCAAUAAUUGUUCGUCAAAGGAUUUAGCGGAGAUGGCACGAGAUCCAGCAUCCGAGCAACUGAAUGAGUACAAGAAAUCAGUGAAGGGGGAUCCGCCGGUCUUAUUGACUGGCAAUGGCGCCCCUAUUGCAGAUAAAACGGCCAGCUUGACAGCGGGUCCAAGAGGCCCCAUGCUCAUCCAGGAUUUCGUCUACCUGGACGAAAUGUCCCACUUCGAUCGAGAGCGAAUUCCCGAGCGCGUUGUUCACGCCAAAGGAGCGGGUGCCUUUGGAUACUUCGAGGUCACUCAUGAUAUCACAAAGUACACGAAAGCUAAAGUUUUUUCUAAAAUUGGCAAGAGAACACCGAUAGCCGUGAGAUUUUCAACGGUUGGAGGUGAGAGCGGCUCCGCCGAUACCGUCAGGGAUCCGCGAGGUUUCGCUGUCAAGUUCUACACCGAGGAGGGAAUAUGGGACCUGACUGGCAACAACACACCGAUCUUCUUCAUCAAAGACCCCCUGAUGUUCCCGAGUUUCAUUCACACCCAGAAGAGGAACCCCGCCACCCACCUCAAGGACAUGGACAUGUUCUGGGACUUCCUCUCCCUGAGACCUGAAUCAACUCACCAAGUGAUGAUUCUGUUCUCCGAUCGAGGAAUUCCCGAUGGAUAUCGUCACAUGAACGGCUACGGUUCGCACACAUUCAAACUCGUUAACGAUAAGAAUGAAUACGUGUGGUGUAAAUUUCAUUACAAGACGGAUCAGGGGAUUCAAAAUCUUCUCGCUGAAAAAGCAGCGGGGUUGGCCUCCUCAGAUCCUGAUUACAGCAUCCGCGAUCUCUACAAUGCAAUUGCCCAGAAAAAAUUACCCACGUGGACUUUCUAUAUUCAAGUUAUGACGGAGGAACAGGCGCAGAAGUUCAAAUGGAAUCCCUUUGAUCUGACGAAGGUCUGGCCCCACAAAGACUUCCCCCUGAUUCCAGUGGGGAAAUUGGUACUUGACCGCAAUCCGCAGAAUUAUUUCCAAGAUGUCGAGCAGAUGGCCUUUGACCCCGCACACAUGGUGCCAGGUAUUGAAGCGAGCCCUGACAAGAUGCUCCAGGGUCGUUUAUUUGCGUAUGGGGAUACGCACAGACACCGUCUGGGGCCCAAUCAUCUGCAAUUGGCUGUCAACUGUCCUUACAAGCAACUUUCCAUAAUGAAUUAUCAACGAGACGGUUUGAUGCCAAUUCACAAUCAGAAUGGCGCUCCCAAUUACUACCCAAAUAGCUUCAGUGGACCAGUGGAGUGCCCUGUUGUACGCUCACCCCCGAUAAAAAUCUCCGUCGACGGUGCUGCUGAUCGUUACCAGCCAGUUAAUGAGGAUGACUUUGGACAAUCGACGACAUUGUGGCAGAAAGUAUUAGACGAGGGUGCAAAAACUCGACUUGUCGACAACAUGGUUAACAGUUUGAUGGGUGCAUCAAACUUUAUCGUUGAACGUGCCGUACGUAACUUCUCCCAAGUUGACGUUGAUCUUGGAAAGAGAUUAACCGAGGGCCUCAAGAAGAAGGGAAAAAUCAUCAAUGUUUCCGGAAAAUCAGCAAAUCUGUGAGACCCCAGUCAUGUUCAUAUAUUUUUGUUGUUUCGGUUAUUGAUGAUGUUAACGUACUUUCGCACACUUUAUAUAUAAGACUUUUUUAUAUGAGGGUUUGUCGAACCAUUCAAUCUACUUCAUUAUGUAAAACGUUCAAGUGUGAUAAAUAAAUAAACGUUCUUAUGCAAA